GGCUUAAAUACAGCGUUUUACGAACAGUUAGCUGUUGCGCGUUUUCUUCAAUCCGACCAAUCACAGGCCUCCAUUCUGGAUGCCUGGAUGCCUUAGGUGCCCAGGAGCUCGGACAAGAAAAAAGGUCAAAACAUGCAUAAAGAGUUCUAUGUAUGUAUCGGGUUACCGUCCGACGCCCCAUUUUCUGCUUAGGUAGAGGCGAUCGCGAACAAACAAUCAAUCCAUUUUCAUUGCUUCUCGCAACUUAUCUCAUAACGUCGCCUCUCAACCUUUGCGCCUUCAUCCCUCACAAUUCCUCAGCAAUAGAGAUCGUCUUUUCAUUCUAUCCACGCACGCGUUUCGACGCGCCCAGAGCUCAGAAUGCCACCUGCUAUCAGCGACGAUGACGCCUCUGACUUCGCCGACGCGCCUACAUCCGCGACCCGCAAGCACUCCAAAAAACCAUCACCCAACACCAAGGAUACGGGCGCGGACGAUGAUGGCGAUGAAGAGAUGCUGGAUGUCGUAAAGGGCGACAUCAAGAAUGGCAAUGGCACCAGUCGCAAUGGGAAAAAGAAGGAAGAGAAGGAAGAGGACGAUGGUGAGGAUGAGGAUGAGGAAAAUGAUGAAAACGAGGACCAAGACGAGGACCUUGAGGAGGAUGAGUAUAUCGUUGAGAAGAUCCUCGCCCACGUCGUCGAGAAUGGCGACCACUUGAAGUUCAAGGUCAAGUGGGAAGGCUACGAGAAGAAAUCGGAUCAGACGUGGGAGGAUGAGGAGAACAUCAGGGAAAACGCGUCCGAUAUCCUCGACAUCUACCUGGCUAAGGUCGGCGGACGAGACAAGAUCAUCGAGGAGGCGAAUGCAGCCCUGAAGACCAAGAAGCGCGGGCGACCUGCCGGCGCCUCCACUAACGGCACGAAGCGGCGACGUAACGGAAGCCACCCGGAUUCGGCUACGCCACCCACGACCGGCCGGUCGUGGCACCCGCCGGUGGGCUCUUGGGAAGAUGAAGUCGAGUCCAUCGAUGCCUGCCACGACGAGAACACGGGCAAGCUGAUCGUGUACCUGACGUGGAAGAACGGCCACAAGACUCAGCACGACACCAAGGUCAUCUACCAACGCUGUCCACAAAAGAUGCUCCAAUUCUACGAACGCCACGUUAAAAUUGUCUCGUCGGCGGCGCGGGACGGCGCAACGAAGGAGGAAUCGUAGUCACGUGUAGUAUUAUCGCACGAGACUUGGGCUAGGCACCCGCUCUGGAGAAAGGGAUCGCCAGCCUGGGUCUUCGCGCACUUUGUUUUUUAGGGGAGUUCAAGGACACGCGACGGAUAGUGGUCGGGCAAGCCCAGACACGGCUAUCAAUCGUGCGACCACUAUGCCUAAAGGAUAUCUCAGCCUCGGGCCGUCCCCCGGGAAGACGCGACCUCCCAUCGCCACCAGGUCCUCGGUAGCCUCUACGGGGGUCCCGACUGGUUAGGCUACGGAGGCCGUCUCUUCCGAAUGUAUUGUUGUUUUCUACCCAAUAAUGGAGGUUGUUUCGGAAGAGUUAUUGUUUCGUCGAUUCAGUGUUAGAGCCUCGCUUACUCGCCAAGGUAUAGAGGCAAUGAACCAACUGAUAACCCUUGGGAAUGUGACGCCACCGUAGGUGCUCUAUGAACGCGAUGUCGAAGUCUUCGAGCCUGACCCAGCAGGGCCCAGGGGUUUGAGCGUGGUGAGAGGCAAGGCAUUGUAUCGUAGGCAGGCAGCUAAUGGAACGAAUCCGACGGGAUAUGUCUGA